UUCUCUCUUGAUCUGCUAUAAAAAGGCUUUGAAAAGGGCUUGUCUUUCUAUUCACCGUCUAACUGACCAAAGAUGGAUCUGAACUUCAUUGUUCUUUUUACUCUUUUCACUGGAGGUCACUCGCUCAUGUGCUACGAGUGUAACAGUGUGACUAGUUCUUGUGUAAGUGAACCGGUGAUUUGUCCCUCUGGAACUAAAUGUGCAAGUAUAACAACGUCCAUGAAUAUUUUAGGUAACACUGUGAUGAACAAGAAAGUUAAGGGUUGUGCAAAGCCACAGAGCUGUGCAGGUGGAUCCAUUAACUUUGGCAAUGUGAGGUCCAAAGUAUCUGCGCAUUGCUGUAACAACUAUCUCUGUAAUAUCAGAGAUGUCCCAGAUUACUACUCCGACAGACCCAAUGGAAAACAAUGUUACUACUGUGAUGGAAUCAGUUGCUUUAACAAAUUAGACUGUUUAGGAACUGAAGACCACUGCAUUACAGCACUAAAAAAUAAUAGGGGUCUGUCAACGACUAUAAAAGGAUGUGCCUCUAAAUUAAUGUGUGAUGCCGCGGAUCGAGAUUUGACGAAGGUCUCGUGCUGUCAGGGAAAUCUGUGCAACACCGAAGUAAAUCUGCAUGACAGUGAGGAGAACCUGGAUAGUAAAGAGGACAAUCCGUUGGACAGUGAGGAGAAUCUGGACCCUAAAGAGGACAAUCCGUGGGACAGUGAGGAGAAUCUGGAUACUAAAGAAGACAAUCCGUGGGACAAUGAGGAGAAACUGAGUAAAAAAGAGAAUCUGCGUGACCACGAGGAAAAACUAGAUAAAGAAGAGAAUCUGCGUGACCACGAGGAAAAACUAGAUAAAGAAGAGAAUCUGCAUAACAGUGAGAGAAUUCACCGUUACAGUGAGAGAAAUUUGCGUAACAGUGCCAAAAGCAUCACUCAGAACCUCCUCUACCUCUCCGGGCCUUUCCUCUCCUACAUCAUUUACCACUGAAUUCAGCAGAACUUCACACAGAUGAAAUGUGAUCGUGAUAUACUCCAUACUGUAUUGUGGUGGGACUACAAACUGUGUUCUGUUCUUAAAAUAUAACAGUCUAUUUCUGCAACAAGAGAAUAUGACAUAUUUUGUAUUUAAUAUAUAGACUGGUUUUUCAUUUUAUUUUCCAAACUAAGUUAAAUCUGUAUAAUGAGCUUCAUGUACCAGCAGGGGGCAGCAGAGUCUUUUGACAGUAGUACAGUAGAGAAAGACCUCAAACCCUGACAUUAAAACUUCGACUGAACUGCAGUCCCGUGCACUGUACAGUUUGACAUUUGAUUAGAAAAUGAGUUCACGAGUUCGUAAAUAUCUGACACACAUCUAAUACUGUCAUUUAUCACAUUUGUGGUACAGAAAGAUCUUGUAAGUAUAAAGCACACCUUUUCAUGUCUCUAUAAAACAUUCUUCACAUAGCUGCUGAAACAAAACAUGAACUUUUGUGGUACAAAACAAGUCUUUAUGUGCUUAGAAUAUUUCAGAGAAUUGUUUUUAUUUCUGUAAUAUUCUGCCUAUAUACAAAAACAUUUUUAUAGAAACUAUUCCACAUUGAAAGUUGUUUUCAUUGGGUUAUGCUGUUUUUUUCAUGUAGUUAUGUUUUCAUUGUCCAUUCUAUAUAUUAACAAUAAAUAUUUUGU